AUGCGGAUUUUCCGCGCCGUCGCCGCGUACCUCAUCCUAGUAGUGCUUGCUGCUGUGGCCGACGAGCCAGCAGAUCCGCCGGCCGAUGCCGCGCCCGCUGAUGACGGCGGCGAGGGCGGCGGCGGCGGCGAGGGAGAGGGCGGCGGCGACGAGGGAAGCGGCGACGAGGGCGGCGGCGACAAGGGCGGCGGCGGAGAGGGCGACGGGGGCGGCGCGGCGCCCGCGGGCGACGGGAACUCCGUGAUCGUGGGCGACUACCGGGUGCAAGCGCUGUCCCCCUACCUUCUCCGCGUGGAGCCCAAGGGCCCCAACGGCUUCGAGGACCGAACCACCUUCACUGUGGUGAACCGCGACUUCGAGGGGCUCACGCUGCAGAAGGACGAGAAGGAUGGUCAGCUGAAGACGGACCACUACACCGUUCAGGUCGGUGACGGGUCGAUCCAGGUGUGGGAUGGCGACGGCAACGACGUCUACAACUCUGGGGCGGCCCCUGCCGGGAACAAGCUGCACUGGCCAGCACCUUACUCGAGCGCCGGCUACGCGAUCCUGGACUAUCCUCGCUUCUUUAUGCCCGAGUGGAAGGUCGCACCUGUUUCCCCGGAGGACGGUGGCGCGAACAACGGCUACGAUUUUGGCAACGACGUCGAGGGCGACACAUACAUCUUCUUGAUGGGGAAAGGCAUAGAGGGUUGGAACGCUGCGCGCAAGGAUUUCCUCAAACUGACAGGCUUUGUUCCUCUCAUUCCCGACUGGGCCUUCGGGACGUGGUUUACUUGGUGGCACUUCUACACGGAGGACGUGGCAAAAUCAGAGGUGCAACGCUGGAUCGACGACAAGGUGCCGCUGGAUGUGUGGGGGCUUGACAUGAAUUGGCGCAUGACGGAAGAUGGUGCCGACCUGCAGUACGACCAGCCCAACGGAUCCGCCUUCUCAGACUACGAGGGGUGGUUCGGCUGGCUUUCGGAGAGGGGCAUCCACACGUACUUCAACGACCACCCGGGGCAGCAGGCCCCCCAGACGACUCCGGACGAGGUCAAUUUCCGCUGGAACGGCCUCACCUCGUGGAUGGACAAGGGGCUAUCGUUCUGGUGGUUUGACCACAACUGGAAGUUCUCCAUCCCCCCUCCAAACGCUGAGCCUCCAGCUGUCACUUCAGGGACUGCGGUCUCCGAGUGGGAGGGUCUCACCACUUCUUGUUGGGGCUCUCAUGUGUACUACUCAGUCGUGGAGCAGUACAACCUGAAGAACCGCCCUGACGACAAGUUUCAUGGCGGGCGCCCCAUCAUUCUGUCAAUGCAGGCUCCGCACAACGAGAUCAGUGGUUACAACGUUGACGAGAACCCCCUCGUAGAAGGUGCCAUAGCGGCUCCUCUGGAUCCGAUGUUGAUGGCCGAGCAUCCUGCACACCACAGGUACCCUGUUUGGUGGAACGGCGACUUCGCAACCAUGAACAACAACCUGGAAGCGAUGGUGGAUGGCGGAGUUCAUGACCUCAAGCCCUAUGUGCAUCCGGACUGUGGCGGCGACGGCUGGUUCAAGACCGUGACGGAGCUCCUGCGCCAGACCCAGAUGUGUGCGUUCGGCACGAUUCUGCGGUUCCACGGAGGGCCCCACCAGCCGUGGAUCUACGGGGACUGGUGGGAGGACAACAUCCGCAAAUACAUCAACUUCCGCUACAAGUUCAUGCCAAUGAUCAUCGCCGGCGGCCAGCGAGCCAAGACGGGCUUCCCGUUCGUGGCGCGGUGCGACCUGUACUGGCCUGAGGAGGGAGGCAGCACGUCCAACCUGCAGUACAUGUUUCUUGACGACAUCCUCGUUGCGCCCAUCUUUGAUUCCAGUGACAACUACACCGAGAGGGAUGUUUGGAUUCCGCCAGGUGCUUGGCAGGAUGCCUGGAGUGGCGAGGUGGCAUAUGGGCCAGGUGCUCAGCACAUUGGGCAGCCACAAGACCGCAUGCCAAUGUGGAUCAGGAUGGACGGCGGCAUGCUGAUAAUGACUGACAAGCCAGGCCUCACCGUCGAAGGUGGCGAUUGGUCAACUUUGGUUGUCGAGAUUUGGCCUUGUCCGAAGGCCAUGACGACCAAGCGAACCAUUUACGAGCGGAGUACCCAAGAGUAUCCGCCAAGCCAGGACGUCACAUUGUCCACAGAUGGUUCUGGCACAGCGACAGUCGAGAUGACGAGCUCCGAUGACCAGCGUGCCUGGGUGGUCCGUGUGAACCUGCUCGUUGGCCAGACGGUUGUCAGCGCGAGCGUUGACGGGAAGUCGGUAGAUACUAAGGAGUACGGGCCUGCGGAAAAUGACGAUGGCACCUUGUGGCAAGGCUAUUGGCCGUUUGGAGGCGAGGGAAGUAAUCCUGCGGCGAAAGCUGGGACAGUGGUAGAGCUGAAGAUGCCAGCGAGCACCAGCGCGCGCAAAGUGGAGGUGGUCAUUGGUGAUGGAAACGGGGGAGGCAAGAAGCCAGAGACCAAGCCAGCAGUGCCUGAGACCAAGCCAGCGGCCGAGACCACAGCGAAGCCAGAGACAUUGCCAGCGACAGAGGCAAAGCCAGAGACCCAGCCAGCGACAGAGGCACCCAGCACCAGUUCGUCCCCGCAGUACGACUGCGACGCGGGCUUCGACAACUGGAAGGCCGGAUGGUCCGACGGCAAGAAGGCAUGGUGCUGCGAGAAGGAGUCCAAGGGUUGCGUCGCCGACGAGCAGCCCGCCGCCGCCGCGGAGCAGCCGGCCGCCGCCACGCCUGCCGCGGCCGAGGCCGCCGCCCCGGCGGCCGCGGGUCUGGCGGCGGGCUGGGAGACGAAGGUGGACCCGUCGACCGGCAAGACCUACUACUGGAACGCAGCGACAGGCACGUCGCAGUGGACGCCGCCAACGCUGCGGCUGUCCGAGAACACGGCGCACAGGCUCGUCGCGAAGGUGGUUCCCGUGGCGAGCUGUGCCGGUGUAGCCGGCCUGGUCGCCGCUGCAGCGCUCACCGCCGCCGCGGCACGCGCCGCGCGCCAGCGCACGUCGUACCAGCUGAUGGAAGGCCCCCCGCAGUCGCCAGAGGCGUCCACUCCCCUGGUCGACCAGAGCAUUACCGAGGAGGAGGCGUGA